AUGGCGAGGUUUGGUGGUGGUGUGUCUAUGAGAUCUGUUAAACAAUCAGAGAAUCAAAUAGAUCUAGAGAAAGGAUUACUUUUAGAGAAAGCUGAAGGUGAAGGAGAUAAUGACAAUGGAAAGAAGAAAUAUAAGGUACCACUUGCAAAGUUGAGUGUGUCACUUGCUGCACCGACCGCAGAAGAACUAAAUCUUAAAAGACCGUCAUUCCUCACUGCUUGGGUAAUGAUAAAAGCACUAUUCCCUUACUAUUGGACAAAGAAUACAUUCUCUGCAAAAGUAAGAGUUGUAAUAUCAGUUUCAAUUAUAUUUAUUUCGAAAGCAAUCAAUCUAUAUGUACCACAAGUAUUUACAAAAAUUAUAAAUUCGUUACCCGACCAAGUACCGGUAAAGUUGAUACUGUGGUUCGGUUUGUUAGCUGUCAUUCAAAAGAGUAUAUUCGAUAUGCGAGAUCUCGUGUUUCAAGAGGUUAGUAAUGGUGCGAUUCGGGUGGUUUCACUGGAGACGUUCGAUCAUAUGCAUAAGUUGUCGCUGUCUUUCCACUUGAGUAAACGGAGCGGCGGAUUGAUAAAGAUUGUGGAGCGUGGUACCGAUAGUAUAGUUACACUGCUGUCGUUGCUACUCUUCAAUAUAUUCCCUACGAUAUUAGAGCUGUUCACAGUGACACUCUUCCUUUUGUUCUCAUAUGGCUUCUACUUUUCAAUGAUAAAUCUAACGUGUUGUAUUGCCUACGUUCUCUUUACACUGUCGGUCACAGAGUAUCGUAAUCAAUUCCGUCGACUCGCCAACAAGAAGGAACGUGAGGCGUCAGACAUCCGAAUGGAUACUCUACAGAACUUUGAGACGAUAAAAUACUUUACUUCCGAGGCGUACGAACGUUCGCGUUACGAGGAGGCACUGAAGCAAUUCCACCAGAUCAACGUACAGGCGAAAUCGACGUAUGUCGCGCUCAAUACCGGUCAAUCUACUAUCAUUAUCAUUGGAUCCACAUUGGGACUGCUAUAUGCCACUUAUAUGGCGUCGUUGGGUGGUUUCACAGUUGGAGAUAUCAUUGCGAUAAACACCUAUAUCGCUCAGAUGUUCCAACCACUGUCUUGGCUGGGAACAAGCUAUCGUAUGAUUAUUCAAGCAUUCACAGACAUGGAGAAUCUAAUGGAUUUAUUGAAUACAAAACCAGAGGUAGACGAUGCACCUAAUGCCGUGCCACUCUCCUACACAACGGCAGACAAUGAACUGCCAUCGAUUGAAUUCAACAAUGUUUCAUUCUCCUAUAAAAACGGUAAUAAGAUCUUGGAUAACGUUUCUUUCAAGGUGCCAGCCGGCAAGUCGGUGGCGAUCGUCGGAGAGACCGGCGGUGGUAAAUCAACUAUAUUCCGUCUGCUCUGUCGAUUCUACGAUGUCAACGAAGGUGAGAUCUUGGUUGGCCAACAAGAUAUCCGUUCGGUGACACAGGUGUCGCUGCGUGGCGCCAUCGGUGUCGUUCCACAAGACACCGUUCUCUUCAACGACACGAUCGCUUUCAACAUUGGAUUCGGUAAGCGUGACUGCUCCGAUGAAGAUCUCAUCGACGCUGCGGAACGCGCUCAAAUCCUUCAGUUUAUCAACAACUCACCAGAGGGAUUCGGAACUAUCGUUGGUGAGCGUGGACUCCGACUUUCCGGUGGUGAGAAACAGCGUGUUGCCAUCGCGCGAACCAUACUAAAGAAUCCACCGAUUUUGAUUCUCGACGAAGCAACGAGUGCUCUCGAUUCCAAAACCGAAAAGAAUAUUCAAAAGUCAUUGAAUGACAUCUCCAAGGGUAGAACCACACUGAUCAUCGCACAUCGACUCUCGACUAUUAUGCACUGCGAUGAGAUAUUGGUAUUGAAGAACGGUACGAUUAUAGAGCGUGGCGAUCAUUUCCAACUGCUCAAUCUCAAAGGUGAAUAUGCAAAGCUGGUAGAGGAACAAAACAAAAAGAUAAUUAUUGAUGAACAACCACCAACACCAAUUUGA